AUCAAUCUCCGAUUUUACUCUUUUUAGGCACAACCAUCUUUUACAUUUUGUUGUUCUUUUCUUUCAUUCUUUUUCUUAUAUAUCAUCAUCAUCAUGUGUCUUACAAAUUUACAUUCGUCUAAUGAUGUUUUGGAACAUAAGUCAAAAAGACAAAAAACGACAAAAGAUAUCCCUACAAGUGAUAUUUUUUAUGCAGGAUUAUUUGAAACGACUAGUAUAGAAAAAAUACGACAAGCUGUCAAUGCAUCAAAACCAUACAAACACUGUAAAAUCGAUCAUCUUGUCAAUGAUACACUUUUACGUAAAGUCAGACAGGAAAUACUCGAUAAUAUUCAAUUUACAAGGAAAGAAACAGAUAUCUACAAGGUGAAUCAAACUGAAUCGCUUGCUCAUUUAUUUCAACUUCGCAAUGGUAUCUAUUCUCAAACAUUCCGUGAUUUUGUCUCUCAAGUAACAGGCUGUGGUCCAUUGUCAGGUAAAAAGAUGGAUAUGAGUGUCAAUAUCUAUAAUCAAGGAUGUCACCUCUUGAAUCAUGAUGAUGUCAUUGGUGAUCGUCGAGUUUCCUUUAUCUUGUAUAUGCCUGAUCCUGAUGAAGAAUGGUACCCUAGUGACGGUGGAGCCCUGGAACUUUAUCCUGUUGUGCAAGAAGGAACAUCUGCCAAUACACCUACAGUUAGCUUAACUCCCAAAUGGAAUCAAUUCGCUAUGUUUACAGUAUUACCUGGUUAUUCCUUCCAUUCGGUUGAAGAAGUCGUAUCUAAAGGAAAAACAAGAUUAUCUAUUCAAGGUUGGUUCCAUUUCCCUCAGCAAGACGAAUCUGGUUAUGAUCCUGUCAAUAUUGUCUCUCAUGGAAAGUCUUCUUUGGCCCAAUUGGCGGAGAGUAAUAUUUUAGACCCCUUUACAACAAUCAAUAAUGAACAAUAUACAGUCGACCAACUUGACGAAAACGAUCGAAUCUCAUUGUCAACUUGGUUGAAUCCUAUCUAUUUGGAUAUGAAUACAUUACAAGGACUUUCUGACCAGUUUGUGGAGACCUCGUCACUUCAUUUAGAAGAUAUUCUUGAACCUUCCUACUAUGACAAGUUAAAGAUGGCUGCUCAUCAAGCAGAUCAACAAGAUGGUUAUUUGGAAUCAAAGAUGCCUAAACAUGAUUCAGAUAAGCAAGAAGACGAUCAGGACAUGACAAGCAUAUUGUUUUCUCAGUUACAAGAUCAUUUGGAAAGUAUUGCUUUUAGACACUGGCUACUCCUUUUAUCGAAACUUGCAUUGAAAAGUUAUCGAAGUAUGGUGCGACGUUUCCGACCAGGUUUGGAUUAUACUUUGGCAACUAUACCAAUGGAACAAAGUGGACUUUUGGAUGUGACAUUCUCUUUAGUAUCUCAACAAGAUGCCUCAUGGAAAACAUGUGAUGUUGGUGGUUACCUCUGUUAUAUGGCUUGUGAUGAUAAUGAUGAUGCUUCUAUAUAUCGUUCUACGGAUGAUGAUGGUGUUUUAUUCACUCUCCCUUGUGGUGGAAAUGAACUAUCUAUUGUGUUACGGGAUGAAGGUGUAAUGCGAUUUAUCAAGUAUGUUAGCGCUAAUGCUGUUGGAUCAAGAUGGGAUAUCUCCUUGGAAUUUGAAACAGAAGAUGCAGAAGAUACAGAAAUAGUUGGAUAGUUAUUUUUUUCUUUUAGAAUAAUGCUUUAUUUCUAUUUGUUUUGAUUGAAUAAAUUGUAUAUGUUUAGAUUUGACUAUGUGGACUGAUCGACUGAGUUUUGACCUCCGCUAUCAAAUGAAUUGAAUUGAAUUCAGGUGAUGUUUUUUUUUUUUUUUAGAUCUUUGUGUUUCCUUCUCUCUCUCUUUUGCACUUUCUUUUUUUUUUUU